AUGUCUGAGUUCCCAGCCACAGACAACGGGAAAAUCUCGUUCAAGAACCGCGUCGUGGUCAUCACCGGUGCUGGUGGUGGUCUCGGAAAGACAUACGCUCUUUUCUUUGCCUCGCGGGGUGCCAAGGUCCUUGUAAAUGACCUGGGUGUGUCUACCAAGGACAAGAACAAGAAGGCUGCCGACGAGGUGGUUGAAGAGAUCACCAGCGCCGGCGGCGAAGCGAUUGCCAACUACGACUCCAACACGGAGGGCGCCAAGAUCAUUAAGCAGGUGAUCGAGAAGUGGGGCCGCAUUGACAUCCUUAUUAACAAUGCUGGUAUUCUGCGCGACAAGUCCUUUAAGUCCAUGUCUGACAAGGAGUGGGACGCUGUGCAGGCAGUCCACGUCUUUGGUUCCUUUGCGUGCGCCCAUGCCGCUUGGCCCUACAUGCGCGAGCAGAAGUUUGGCCGUAUCGUGAACACCAGUUCCGCUGCCGGUAUUUACGGUAACUUUGGCCAGGCGAACUACUCUUCCGCCAAGCUUGCUCUUGUUGCCUUUUCCAAGACCCUCAGCAUUGAGGGUGAGAAGUACAAUAUCCUAGCCAACUCGAUUGCGCCUGUCGCAGCAUCCAAGAUGACCGAGACAGUCAUGCCUCCCGAGAUGCUUGAAAACCUCAAGCCUGAGUUUGUUGUGCCGCUUGUCGCCUACCUCUGCUCUGCACAGAACAAGGAUAUUGGCGGUGAAGUAUUUGAGUGCGGAGCUGGAUUUUACGCCAUGCUGCGUCGCCAGCGCUCGCACGGCCAUGUGUUCCGCACUGACCAGUCGUUUACCCCUAACGCUGUUGGCAAUUACAUCGAGCAGAUUAUGGACUUUGACGAGAGCCCCGAGUACCCCCGUCGUGUCACGGACGCCAACUACUUGGAUCUCCUUGAGCGUGCCAAGAAAGCGCCGAGCAACGAGCAGGGUGACGUCAAGAUUGACUACAAGGGCCAGACGGUGAUUAUUACCGGCGCCGGUGCCGGUCUUGGUCGUGCUUACGCGCUGCUCUUUGCCAAGUACGGCGCCAACGUGGUGGUGAACGACUUUAGCGAGAAGAACGCUACCGCUGUUGUCGACGAGAUCAAGAAGGCUGGUGGCAACGCUGUGCCGAGCAUUGGCAGCGUCGAGGACGGCGACAAGAUUGUCAAGGACGCUAUGGAUGCAUUUGGAGGUGUGCACUGUAUUGUCAACAAUGCCGGUAUUCUCCGCGACAAGUCCUUUACCAGCGCCACUGCCGAUGACUGGAAUGCGGUCAUGAAUGUGCACUUGCGCGGCACGUACAAAGUAUGCAAGGCUGCAUGGCCAAUCUUUACCGAGCAAAAGUACGGGCGCAUCAUCAACACGACUUCGGCCGUCGGCCUCUACGGCAACUUUGGCCAGGCCAACUACUCCACCGCCAAGUCGGGUAUCCUUGGUCUCACCCAGACCCUCGGUGUUGAGGGUGCCAAGUACAACAUAUUGGCCAACACCAUUGCGCCGAACGCUGGUACCGCCAUGACGAGCACCAUUUGGCCCCAGGAAAUGGUCGAUGCCUUCAAGCCCGAGUUUGUUGCGCCUGUUGUUGCGUUCCUCGGCAGCAACGCCAACGCGGAAAUUUCGCGUGCGCUCUUUGAGGUGUCGGGUGGCUGGGUCGCCGCUGUCCGCUGGGAGCGCUCUGGCGGCAAGUCGUUUUCCACCGGCAAAGGCGUCUCUCCCGAGUCUGUGCAGAGUGCAUGGGGUAAAAUCUGCGACUUUGACCCUGAGCGUGCGAGCUGGCCGACGAGCCCGUCCGAGUCCCUUGGCGAUAUUGUGGCCAACUUUGGUGCCGAGGACGAAGACGACGUAGAGGCGAGCAACGAGUGGGACGACCCCGAGGACCCCGAGCUUGUGCGCAAGGCCAAGAACAUGCCUGUGGAAACGAGUGAGUUUGCCUACUCGGCACGCGAUGUGAUCUUGUACAACCUCGGUAUCGGUGCGACGGUCAAGGACCUCGACUUUGUCUACGAGCAGGACGACGAGUUCAAAGCGAUUCCCACCUUUGGUGUCAUUCCACAGUUCCUUGCUGGCUCCAGUGUUAGCUUGGACUUUUUGCCGAACUUUAGCCCGAUGAUGCUCUUGCACGGCGAGCAGUACCUUUCCAUCAAAAGCCCCAUUCCCACUGAAAGUGUGCUGGUCAACAAACCGCGCAUUAUUGAGGUGCUCGACAAGGGCAAGGCUGCUGCUGUGACCUCGCUCAUCGAGACGGUGAACAAGUCCACUGGCGAGGUCGUCUUUGAGAACCAGAGCACUACCUUUAUUCGUGGCUCGGGUGGCUUUGACGGCAAGAAGACGGGCCGCGAUCGCGGUGCGGCGACUGCACUUAACCCGCCCCCCUCGCGUCCUGCGGACAAGGUCGUGCGCGAGAAGACGGACGAGAACCAAGCAGCGCUGUACCGCCUGAGCGGCGACUACAAUCCGCUGCACAUUGACCCGUCCUUUGCCGCAGUCGGUGGCUUCCCCAAGCCCAUCCUUCACGGUUUGUGCUCGUUUGGUAUCGCCGGCAAGCACGUUUUCCGUGCGUUUGGCGCGUUUAAGGACAUCAAGGUCCGCUUCACUGGCCACGUCUUCCCGGGCGAGACGCUCGAAACGCACAUGUGGAAGGAAGGCAACAAGGUCAUCUUUGUGGCCAAGGUGGUGGAGCGCGACACACAGGCGCUUGGCAAUGCUGCCGCCACUCUUGCAUAA